UUUUAUUCGGCGCAAGACCGACAUCUGUCACAACAUCGAUUUGCGACGAGAAAAUUUUUACUUAUAAAAUCCGAAAAUCAUGGCUUUUUCCGUGUUGAAUGGUCUCGCACGCCAAAGCCAUUCGCUGAAAUUGCCGAAACACGUGCUGGCAAACAUCGGAGCCACGCAUAACGUUGGACAAAAACGCGGCGCUGGCAAAUGGCAAGUCGACACGGAGUUUAUGCAGCAAUUCAGCGGCGCCGUCAUGUAUCCCGAUGAGGUGACGUCAAAAUGGAAGGUGCCUCCGUACCAUGGCAAGAAAUUGAAUCUUGUCGAAAGAACGGUGAAAAAUUUCAAAAUUAACUUUGGACCGCAACAUCCUGCUGCUCACGGUGUCUUGCGUCUCGUGAUGGAAUUGGAUGGCGAAACGGUGGUGCGAUGCGAUCCGCAUAUCGGUUUGUUGCAUCGUGGCACGGAAAAAUUGAUCGAGUACAAGACAUAUACGCAAGCGUUGCCGUAUUUCGAUCGUUUGGAUUACGUCUCAAUGAUGUGCAAUGAGCAAUGUUACUCCUUAGCUGUGGAAAAAUUGCUCGGAAUUGAGGUUCCUGAGCGUGCCAAGUGGAUUCGUGUCUUGAUGGGCGAACUUACGCGUGUCUUGAAUCACAUCAUGUCCAUCGGAACACACGCUUUGGAUGUCGGAGCUCUCACUCCCUUCUUCUGGCUGUUCGAGGAACGCGAAAAAAUGAUGGAAUUCUACGAACGCGUAUCCGGAGCUCGCAUGCACGCUGCCUACGUUCGUCCCGGAGGCGUUUCUCUCGACUUACCGCUCGGUUUGUUAGAUGACAUUUACGAUUGGACUCGCAAAUUCGGACAACGUCUCGACGAAAUCGACGAUUUGCUCACGGGAAAUCGUAUUUGGGUGCAACGUACAGUCGACAUUGGCACCGUUUCUGCCGAAGACGCCUUGAAUUACGGCUUUAGUGGCGUCAUGUUGCGUGGCAGCGGCAUCAAAUGGGAUCUUCGCAAGUCCCAACCUUAUGAUGCCUACGACAAAGUCGAGUUUGACGUUCCCGUUGGCACCAAAGGCGAUUGUUACGACCGUUAUUUGAUCCGUAUGGAGGAGAUGAGACAAUCUCUGCGCAUCAUUGAGCAAUGUUUGAACAAAAUGCCGCCAGGUGAGAUCAAGACAGACGAUGCCAAGGUUACGCCGCCGUCACGCGAAGAGAUGAAAACUUCCAUGGAGGCCCUCAUUCAUCAUUUCAAGCUCUUCACGCAAGGGUAUCAAGUACCUCCUGGAUCCACAUAUACGGCAAUUGAGGCGCCCAAAGGCGAAUUUGGCGUGUAUCUCGUGUCAGAUGGCAGCAGCAAGCCCUACCGUUGCAAGAUCAAGGCUCCCGGAUUCGCGCAUUUGGCGGCACUCGACUUUGUUGGAAAGAAUCACAUGUUGGCUGAUAUCGUGGCGAUUAUCGGUACUCUCGAUAUUGUGUUUGGUGAAGUCGAUCGUUAAGUUUCAGUUUAAAAAAAUGAAAAUCCGUAGAACGUUUAUCCAAACAUUUGUAAAUUUUAUUUUAAUUCAAUAAUAAAAAAAAAGAAAACAUACAAUAAAUACAUAAAUUAGGUUUCUUUUUAAGAGUUUUCGUCCCACAACCCGUAGAAUAAGUUAGUAUUUGAUUCUUUAAAGCUCCUCCGUUUUUUUGUUUUAGUUUUUUUGAUCGAUAGUUUCUUAUAAAAAAUGUCUAUGAAAUUUUUUUUCUACGAAAAUUCAUAAAUUUUU